UGCAAUGGGGCAGUUCCUGAAGCUACGGAUGAAAACGAUAUUCUUCAGGAACUGAAAGAAAAUGGGAUAGAGUGGGAUGAAGAGUACCCUCCUGUACCACUGAGGGCAAACAAUGGUACCCAAGGAGUGAUGGAGGCCCUUUCCAUCUACCUUACCGGCUCCCUCAUGCAUUUACCUGUCCUAAAGAGAGUGAUUGUCCUCAUCCGGAAGAAACCGAACGAGGAGUUGCAAAAAAAGGAAUGUUCUUAUACUUUCUUGCAUAAGCCUGAUUGCAAAAUGCAGAAGAAUGGAGAUGAAAAAUGGAGAGGUAUCCUGCUCUUCGCACAAAAUUCACUGGAGAACAUCCUGCCUGUUGUCCCUUGUGGUGAGUUACCAUUGACGCAGAGCCUAGCACAAGCGCUCAUGGAACGAGCAACAGUCGUGCCGUCGCCCGCCUUCUGGAUCUUCUCUAUUCAACCGUGCCAAGAUUCUACGAAUUGUCCAGCAAGUGCAUUUGAUCUCCAAAAGAUGUUCCACGAAGAGUUGAAGAAAGCCAUGGGUCUCCACCAAGAAGACACUAACGUUUCUCCUGAACGGCGAAAUGACGACACUCCUCAAUCAGCCCCUGGGAGAAUUCCACCUGGUCAUUCGCUCAGGACUCCGAAGCCUGCGGCAGACGGCCCGUUGAUACUGCCCGGUCAGCCGAAGAGCUCGGAGGAAGGAGACAGCUCGGGUCAACCCGACGUGGUGCUGCCCGGGGCGCAUCCCUCGUCCGAGGCGAAGAGGCGGAGGAAUCGCUCCAACGUGGAAGCCAUGGCAGCAAAAAGUACUGAAACUCUGUCCCAGGGUGACCCUGGUUCGUCGAGUACUUCUGACGCUUCUAAGUCGCAUGAGAACGGGGAGAAUGGCACCGGUAAAGAGGACGGUGAAGGUGACGGCACUGUGGGUGGUGGUCAGCCGUACGAAGCAGGUGAAAUGCCUUCUCAAAUGCAGCAGCAGCAACAGUCAGAGUAUUCUGAUGGUCACCAGCGAUCCUUGACUCCUGAGCUUGGCCCUUUACCAGCUGCCUGGGAAAAGGCAUUCACAGAACAAGGGGAGCCAUACUUUAUCAAUUAUGUGAUGAAUCGUGUGAAAUACUGUAGUCACGACACUGGGACCUCUUCCUGGCUGGACCCCAGACUGGAGAGGGUGAAGAAGAAGAAACUGGAAGAGUGCGACGACAACGAGUUGCCCUUCGGUUGGGAGAGGAUCGACGAUCCCUACUACGGGACCUACUACAUCGACCACGUGAACCGGAGGACCCAGUACGAGAACCCCGUCAUCCAGGCGAAGCAAGCGGUUUCUUCGGGAAGCAUCAAGGACUCUCUGGGGAACGAUUCCCAGUCUCAUACUUCUGCUUUUGCUUGGCACUUGAAGAAGCACUACAUCCAGGAACUUUCAACAGCUCCCACCACUGCAGACAGAUGGCGCUCAGAGUGGGAAAGAGCCAGCCCCAAGAACUCCUACCUGAUCACCAACCCGGAGGACCACAUCACUGGGUUCAACCUACCUCGACACCUAUGGGUUAACAUCAACGCUGCGAUACAACCCGUUGCGCUGACAGACUACAAGAGGGGCCUUCGUGACAACCCACACUUCUGCUGUGGUGCGGUCGAGAACCCUGCUCAUUUACUGGGCUGCUGUGCUGUCCGUGAGGGCCUUCCUGGUGGACUUACGAAACUGCACAAACGGAUGUUAUCGUGGGACAGGAUCAGAUGGAACAUGCCGAAGCUAAGGGAUGUUUUCAACCUCGAUCCAGUUGAGUUGCGACGCGCGUUAAGUGACAAGAAUGUUAUCACAUUCAUGGAAGAUCGACAUAUUCGUAUGAACCCAUACCUUCAUGAACAAUAUGCAGAACUCUUUAACAUCCUCUUCAAGAAAAACCCAGAAGAAUGGAUCCCCAAGUUCUACGAGGCACUGGAGGACAUGGGAAGAAAGGAUAUCAGGAAUUUCUUGCAAGAAGAGUUGAAGAAAGAAAUGGGUCUCCACCAAGAAGACACUAACGAUUCUCCUGAACGGCGAAAUGGCGCCACUCCUCAAUCAGCCCCUGACUCAGGGAACUCCAUGAAACACAUUUUCAGCUUUAGACGUUUGCCAUUUUUGCUCGCGGAAAAAAUGUAUUUGGAAAAGCGACUCACCCAAGAGCCCGGAACAGAUGCCCCA